AUGCGUUUGACUUUUGUAUUACUUUUUGUACUGCUCAGCUGCCUAUUAUUGGCACAGCGGGUCGGCAGUCAAUCCUAUUCGAGUCCUGAGUACUCUGAUCCGGCUACAUCGCCAACAGGAACAGGGACUUCAAGCUCAGGCACCGGAAGCGCUGUCACCACAAACUCUACCAUAUCGCCGGAAUAUUUGCGUAAUACGCUACGCCUUCUAAAAAUCAAGCUUCAGCUCAAGAAACUGAAGCGCCAGCGUCAGCAGCGCAAGCGUCAGCAGCGCAAGCGCCAGCAGCGCAAGCGUCAGCAGUCACAAAAACGACAGGGCUGA